GACUUACUGACGUCACCUGUUGAGUGUGGGCUUGAAAUAGUGUGAAUACGAAUGGGACAGCACUUUGCUGCAACAUAUCACGUGACCACGUAUUUAUGUUACUUAAUACUCUCCCAGGUUUUUUUUCAAAACUGCUUCAAUGACAAAACUAAUGUGUAUUAAUCUGUUUAUAGUCUGCUUGCAUUCCCCUGCUUUCAUGAGCUUUCCAUGUCAUCUUUAAUCCUUAAUGCUGUGCACAUGUCAUUUAUCAGACUGAACCUGUAUGUGCCUUCAUCUUAGUUUAAAUUUUUUGUUUUACGUCUCCAUUGUUAACUGCAUGUUUAAAGUCGCAUUGCUAUGAAUUGUGGGUAAUUCCCUCUGGCAAAGUGCGUCUAAUGGGACCAAUACGGAAAGGGUUCGUAAAGGGCUCAAAAUGUCUGCCAUAGAACCCUCAAGCACUCGAGGGUUUGAGCUAAAGAACUAAACCCUCACGGAUAUAGCGGGGGCGCGCUUCAAAACGACCUGUGACCUGGAGGAAGCGCGUACCUGUACUCUGGCGCACGGCUCAAGAUGCUCACGUUGGUGCUGUUUAGCUUGUCGUCGGUGGCGCUUUCCACCUGUGUAAAUGGUGCUUUCCCACCACCGUGUGACAGUGAAAUCUACUGCGCCGGGCCCAUCCUGCAUCAGGUACAGCAAGCCAAGCUCUUCGAUGAUGACAAAUACUUUGUUGACAUGAAGCUGAGGGAAAGUCCUGAUGUUGUUUUGUCUGCUUUUCGAAACCUUUCAAGUGAAUGGCCGAAUGCCACCGUCCCGCCUGCCGAGCUGCAGGAGUUCCUCAGUGCGUACUUUGAGGAGCCAGGGACAGAGUUUGAGUCAUGGACGCCGCCAGACUGGCAUGACCAGCCAAAGUUCCUGGGAGGAAUAGCAAACCAAGAACUACGUAACUGGGCUGAAAAGAUACACAUGCUAUGGAAGUCGCUCGGCAGAAAGAUCUCUGCUGGCGUUGGAGAUCACCCAGAGCUCUACUCGCUGAUAUACACCCCGCAUCCCGUCGUUGUGCCGGGGGGGCGCUUCAGGGAGCUCUACUACUGGGACUCCUACUGGGUCAUCAAUGGGCUCCUGCUGUCGGAGAUGACAGACACGGCCCACGGGAUGAUUCAAAACUUGCUCUACCUUGUCAACAGAUAUGGCUUCGUUCCAAAUGGUGGGCGGAUUUAUUAUGAAAGGCGCAGUCAGCCUCCAUUCCUCACUCUAAUGGUAGAGAGCUACUAUCAAGCAACGAAGAAUAAAGAGUUCCUCAGAGCAGCUUUACCAGCUCUGGAGCAGGAGUACCGAUUUUGGAUGCAGAACCGCUCUGUGACUGUGAAAGUAAAUGGAGCAACGCAUGUACUGAACCGGUAUCAUGUGCAGGUGGGCUUGCCCAGGCCUGAGUCCUACACAGAUGAUCUGGAAUUAGCUGAAGGACUCACAGAUGUCUGUAAGGAGCGGCUGUGGAUGGAUCUGAAAGCGGGUGCAGAGUCUGGCUGGGACUUCACGUCCCGCUGGUACACGGACGGCCACAUCAACGGCAGCCUCGGGGACACCGGCACUAGUCAGGUCCUGCCCACUGACCUCAACGCUCUUCUGUGCCUCAAUGAGAAGACUCUUGCCUCGUUUCACAGAAUACUGGGUGAUGGUGACUCAGCUGCACUGUAUGACCAGCAUGCCGCCCGCAGACUGGAGGCGAUGGAGUCUGUGCUGUGGGAUGCUGAGAGGGGAGCCUGGUUUGACUUCAACCUGAUGACGCACUCCAAGCACUUUGAGUUUUACCCCUCCAACCUGGCACCUGUUUGGGCACAGUGCUAUUCUCGGCCCGAGAUGGGAGAGAAGGCAGUCCAGUAUCUGAAGAAGAGUGGUGCUCUCCAGUUCCCCAAUGGAGUUCCAACGUCGCUGAGCCAGUCUGGGCAGCAGUGGGACUACCCCAACGCGUGGCCUCCUCUGCAACACAUGCUCAUCGACGGUUUAUCCAAACUGCCCUCAGAGGAUGCUCAACAACUAGCAUUUGGUUUGGCCCAGCGUUGGAUCAAGACCAACUGGUUGGCGUAUAUGAAGUAUGAAGCCAUGUUUGAAAAGUAUGACGUGAACGGCGAUGGCAAACCUGGUGGUGGAGGAGAAUAUGAAGUUCAGCUGGGUUUUGGCUGGACCAAUGGUGUGGCCCUGCAGCUCCUGGACCAGUAUGGGGCGACUCUCACCGCGGGAAGCCCACGAGUGUUUUCUGGCCUCCUGCUGCCUCUCGUCAUCUCAGCCGCUCUCAUGCUCCAGAUCUGAUAUUUUUCCAAAUCAAAUCUCUUUUUAGAGGGAACAGGGUAAGAUUUGGCAUCAACUGAGAAUUCCCUCGAUGAAUAAUUUAGUAUUUAUCCGUGGCGGUAAAUGAUCUCUGCUGAUUUCAGAAGAUUCAGAUCAUGUCGGCACUUCUGGACUCUUCCUGAUCCCAACAUUAGCUCCUCCCCACACGUAUUGACCUUACUAACAAAAUAAAUUACAAAGUGUGGUGCUGAACUGCAGCCGGACUCACACCUUCUAUUUGCAUGCCAUCUGAAGUUGGAAUGUAUUGAUGUUAAAACACAGCAGUUCUAAAGACAGUUAAGACACGUUUACAAAUCAACCAAGGAAUUAAGACGCUCGCAUGCUAAAUACAGUGAUGAACAUCACCGGCGCGAGCGCAACAUUUUGGUUAAAUCUCUAUCGGGCACAAGCCGGCUCCGGCCGCAACCCCUCUGCCAUGUGCUUAUUAGACAACACUUAACGUAACAUUGCAUGUCAAAAUUGUACUUUGUUCUUUUCUUUAUGCCUCCGCACCGGUAGCAGCCUGUAUUAUUGUUAUGGGUUUGUAUGUCCGUCUGGUCCAUGCUUGUGAAGGCGAUAUCUCGGCAACGCCUUUAGUGAAUUAGGACCUUGGGGAUGACCACAACGAUGAACUGAUUUGCCCUUGUUUUGUUAAAGGUCACUGACCUCAGAACAUGUUUUUGGCCAUAACCUCAAGAAUUAACUUACCAAGUAUGACAAUGUCACGCACAGGUCUCAAAGGAUAAAAUGAUGAGCUGAUGGCAUUUAAGACGGAAUGGGAAACAGGAGCUGUGGGAUGUUUGUUUUGGAUUAUUGUUCACCUAAUACAGCUGUGACAUGGUGGAAAGAGUAAACAAACGGUAAAUGGCGACAUCAUUGAGAUAAAAUCACAUUGGAUUACUUCCAUGCAUUGUUUUCCUGUGAAUCCGAAAGUAAUUUGAAUCCAGCAUGGGAAUGGCAGAAUCUGUCACUAACAAUAAGUACGACUAUAUACUGAAGAUGCUAAUACUGCAUCUACUGUGCCUGUAUAUGUAUGUGCAUAUUUGAGAGAUAAGUAAUUACUGGCUGUAAAUGCAUUUAAUGGCUAUUGCAGAAGAAAUUACGCGCAUGAAUUACAUUUAAAAAAAACUGGAUUAUAACUUUAACAACCAAGAUGAUUCCUAAUUUUCUUUCUCCAUUUUGUGUCAGUGUUUGACAAUCGGCCUGGUUUGUCACCAGAGAAAAGUCAACGAGCUCGAGAACUUUAUGAAGCCAACGAGAACAAUAAUGUAACUAUAAUUAUUUAUUUUUAAACAAAGACAACCGAUUUGGCCAUUUCAGAUCGUUCCGAGCCAGCCAUUGUCUUUGGCAUUUCUUCUUACAUCUAUGGUGAAAUGCAGGUCAAGCAUGAAAUUAAGUCCAUAUAGAUAUUCAAAUGGUUUCCCCCCCCAAAAAAAAAGUAAUGAGAAAUUUGCGCCUCAAAUAAGAAAAUGCAUCCCUCUUGGUUAUGAAGAUAUGAGGCCCAAGCAGGGAUUCUACGGCUUCUCUCCCCUGAGCAUGAGUGCACACAACAGAUCGACUAUAAAUGGGCCAAUGGGUGCAGCGGUCCAUGCAAAAAAGAAGAAAUCGCACUAGUAAUAUGCUUUUGAGUGCAUCUAUAGGCCGUGUCUUCUUGCUUUUAUCCCCAUGCAUAACUGCCACCCACACAGUAUCAGCCGUGUGUCUUCUGUGUUUAAGUGGUUUAAUGUUUUCAGGCCUCGCUUUCAGAAAUAACUCAAGUAGGACCUGCUCCUUUUGAUAACUCGCAUAUUACCACGUCGCUGUAGCGGAAAUGUGUUGUGUUCACGUCAUGAGAUGGAGCUGUGAUGUAAGUUCGGCAGCAUGGCGAUGAGGUCUUUUUAAUUACACAAAUCUGAGGACGACGGUGUGAGGCGAGUUCCGUGGGCAGAGCACGAAUUGUAACGCAGCGGUGACGAGUGCAUUACAUAAUGUGGACGUAAAAGUCAGGGUGUCUUGUCGUCGCCAGUGAUCCAGCAGCUGCAUGCAAACUCUUUUCCUUUUAGAAAGUGCUUCACAUUUUUCAGAUGUAUUGGUCUUCAUGGCUAUAGAAAGGAGUCUUUAAGAAAAUUAGGGAAAAAAAGGACUUAGAAAGGAGUCUGUCUUUUCCUCCGGUGGGGCCCUUCUGGCCGUUCCAAAGUCGAGGCUUAAAUCAAAGGGUGACUGUGGUUUUGCCAUCAG